UUUUCUUCUGUAAACGUUCUAGAUGUAGACGAAUGCCAGUCCCAAAAUGCAUGUGGAGCCAAUCAUGUUUGUAAUAACACCGUUGGGUCGUACAGGUGUGAAUGUCCAAUUGGAUUUACGGCUGAUUCUGGUGUACAGGACCCACUGAAUCCAGUUUGUGUAGGUAAGUAGAAGUGCAAAAAUUAUGAGGAGGUAAGAUGCUCUUUCCCAUUAUACCAAAAAAUAAAAGACAACAGAUGAAUCUUGACCAAAGGGUAAAAUCUUCUUGUAAAGACAAAACAGUACAUGUCCGAAGCUUUAGAUUUACACGACCAGCUGCAGUUAAAAAGGGUCAUACUUAAUAGACGCGUAACAGAUUCCUAAUUCUGAAACAUUUCCGGCUUUGGUUAAACCAGGUACUAAACGAAAUUUAGCCCUAGUCAGUAACUUUUCGUCAGAAUUUACGGUGAGGAAUUUUGUGAAAUGCAACGGUAAAAAGGUUUUUCUCCGGGUACUUCGGUUUUCCCCUCUCCUCAAAAACCAACACUUCCAAAUUGCGAUUCGAUCUGGAACGUACGGACACGAUUAAACUAAGUUCUUCGUGGGUAAACAAACUAAAUUUUUUUAAAGCAAAAAUUUUCCAUGUUUAGAGUUUCUUCUUUUUCCCUCGUUUCUUCUUCUUCUUCUUCUUCUUCUUUAUUACUUUUUAAUUUUAUCAUCUUCAAUUUUUUUGUGAAGCAUGCACAAUGUGUGAUGUAAUCUUUGUUCUAACUACUGGUUUGUAGUAUUAUUGUUUUACCUUGGCACAUAUUUAUAUUAGCGUUGUUUGUUAAUGGAGAAUUUUUUACCCUCUGCAGAUGUUAACGAAUGUCUGUUCCAAGAUGCCUGUGAUGCUAAUUGUGUCUGUAAUAACACCGUCGGAUCGUACAGAUGUGAAAAUUGUCAAAAUGUAAAUGGUAAGUAUCCCAGCUGGUCCAUCCCUACUUGCUUCAUUAAGUGAAUUUUGUAUACUUUUGCCAUUACGAUGCGCACCGGGCCGUACGGCCAGAUCAUAUAAUGAAUUUAUACCAAUCCAAUCUUCGAAGCUUGAUGGACGAUGGCCCGUCCUCUUUUCUUCAGGGGAUGUUUCUGGUGAAUUUUAUUUGUAGCCUUUCUCAGAUUUAGACGAAUGCCAGUCGCCAGAUGCCAGCCCCCAGGUGCUCAUAUUUUUGUUGUGGAUUCUUAAAUCUAUACAAGUACAAGUGAUAUAAGCAGUAGGGAUGAAAUUGUCCGGAGGAAUAUCAUUAACUUGCGGAACAAUACAUAAACGCUGCGGUGGAUUCUCACUAAGUUAACGUUAUGUGCUAUUUUUAAAACUUGUUUGGCAGGUUUAAGAUGGAUGACGUCAUCGCUUUUUGACUAAAUGUGGAGGUUUCUCUUCUUCUUCCCUUUUGAAUAUUUUUAGUACAAAGAAACAACACAUACACAUUGCCUUGACCGGUUUUAACCUGUUUGUCAUGUUCUAGUUUUAUUUAACUGGUCUGACAGGUUUUCUAGGUAUUUUAAAGUCGAUGAACGUCUUGGUUUUCGAUUUGUUGACUAGAAACUGAGAAAGGUAGUCAUUGGUUAAUUUAUGGUGUGUACUGAUAUUUAGAUGUUGAUGAGUGCCAGUCCCCAGAUGCUUGUGGAGCCAAUCUUGUUUGCAAUAACACCGUUGGCUCGUACAGGUGUGAAUGUCCAGUCGGAUUUGUUGCUGAUUCUGGAGCACAGGAUCCCAUAAAUCCAGUUUGUAUCGGUAAGGAGAAAAGUAAUGAUAAGUGCUGAAGAUAAAAACGAAAAGAAUUUGAAAGCUUUUACGUGCAUGAGGAGACUUGUCCUUAUUCCAAACAAACUGUAGGAGAAUAUGACACCGUAGCAUUGAAUAUUGAUAACCCUUGCUGCUGUAGAACUGGUAGGCUACGCUGUUUACAGCCACCUCCCCCCAAACAAAAUCUCUCUCCCUAAUUUUGUUUGAGGGGAGGGGGUAGCUUUAUACAGGCCAUAAUGGCGCUAAUAAUUAUUCAUAAUGAACGAAAUCUGAACAUAAUUAUAUCUGGAAGUUUUCUAAAUAUCAGUCUCCAAAACCUCGCAUCCUGCAAUGUUGAAAAGCUGAAAUUAGUGACGUAGAAUUUAGUUACUGUCUGGUGCAUGCUCAAUGUUUGAUAUAUUUAACAUGUGCAAGAGUAUUUUUUUCAUAACUUCUGCAGAUGUUAAUGAAUGCCAGUCUCCAGAUGCUUGUGGAGCUAAUUCUGUCUGUAAUAACACCGUUGGCUCGUACAGGUGUGAAUGUCCAAUCGGAUUUGUUGCUGAUUCUGGCGCACAGGAUCCCCUAAAUCCAGUUUGUAUCGGUAAGGAGAAAAGUAAUGAUAAGCGGUGAAGAUAAAAACGAAAAGUUUUUGAAAGUUUUUACGUGCAUUAUGGGACUUGUCCGUAUUCCAAACAAACUUUAGCAAAUAUGACACCGUAGCAUUGAAUAUUGAUAACCCUUGGUGCUGUAGAACUGGUAGGCUAGGCUGUUUACAGCCACCUUCCCCCAAACAAAAUCUCUCUCCCCAAUUUUGUUUGAGGGGAGGGGAUGGCUCAAUACAGGCCAGAAUGGCGCUAAUAAUUAUUCAUAAUGAACGAAAUCUGAACAAAAUUAAAUCUGGAAGUUUUCUAAAUACCAGUCUCCAAAACUUCGCAUUCUGCAUGUUUAAAAGCUGAAAUUAGUGAUGUUUGAUAUAAAUUAUUUAACACGUUCAAGGGUACUAUUUUUCUAACUUCUGCAGAUGUUAAUGAAUGCCAGUCUCCAGAUGCUUGUGGAGCCAAUUCUGUCUGUAAUAACACCUUUGGGUCAUACAGAUGUGAUUGUGCAAAUGGUUUCGUUGCUCACUGCGGUCUACAGAAUUCACUAAAUCGAGGUUGUGUUGGUAAGAACUAAAUAAACUGUGUUAAGAAAGUGAGUUAGCUAUUGCAAAGAGAUACAAAGCCGUAGAUUGUAGCUUGUAUCUGCCCCCCCCCCUCCCCGGGGUUUCAUUUCCUUAUUUGGCCUAAAUGGUUAUCUGCCGCUGAACUGGGUGUAUGGGUUUCAAGGGGAAAGUACGCAUCUCCAAGGUCUUGAGCUUUAAACAGGGUAUACAAGUUUACUAUUUAGAAUCUUAUUUUAUAUCUCGGUUGAGCUAAACUGCGUACCGGUCGGAAAAAAAAAUGGUCAUGUGCACUUGAAAAACAAGAAAGACAUACAGUAAACGCCCGCAUAUAGAAACAAAUGGAUUAAGAACGCCAGGCUGAAAUCUGGCCAAUAAAGCCCCAUUUCUAUAAGAACAAGAUCAGCCUGAAAAUUGUAACAUGUUCUUAUAAAAUGGAAAAAGUGUCAUAAUUAUAAAACAUGUAAGUUUAUGUUUGCUGUCAGAUUAUUUCAUUUGUUAAUAUAAUCAAAUCACAGAAUAAUUAUUUAUUUUAAUUUCCUAAAAUAUGCUAAAUAUACCUCUAGCAACAUGUUUUGGAUAGUAUUACUAGAUAAAAAUUUAAGAAGAUUCAAAGAGUCAUUUUAUAAGUAGGUUGAGUAUGAUCACUGUCAAUAACAAUAGUCCUAUUCAGGACUACAUUCACCCGAACGAUCAUACUCAACCUACUUAUGAAAGAUAUAUUAGUUGAACAAAACAUGUUUGAAGAGAUGAGUAAGGUAACUCUUCUUUGAAAAUUUUCACACCUCCCUGGUGCCUUGAAGUAGAGAGGGAGAGAGGAGGUACAGAUUGCCAAAUAAAUGACACUUUUCCUACGUUAAGGCAACAUGGAUUGAUUCUUGUGCAGUCUGCUUUGCUCUAUCCUCACGGCUUAAAAAAAGUCAUAGCAUCUCUCGUAUCAUGUUACUUUCGUAGAUUUAGACGAAUGCCGGUCUCCAGAUGCUUGUAGAGCCAAUCACAUUUGUAAUAACACCGUUGGCUCGUACAGGUGUGAAUGUUCAAUCGGAUUUGUUGCUGAUUCUGGUGCACAGGACCCACUGAAUCCAGUCUGUGUCGGUAAGAAGUUUAAUCUGAAAUAUAUAAAAGUUUCUUAACCAUACAAAAGAAAACAGAAGAACCCCGGCUAGAACUUUUUUCCAAAGAAAAAUAUCUGUGGAUGCGGAAGGGAGGGAGCGACUUCCAUGCGCUCGUGUCACGAAAUGAUAUUCCUGCCUUUUAAUAACGUUUAGUUUUCCUUUUUGAUAUCUUAUACUUUGAAUGUGCUCAUAGAUAUCGUGCAGAUUCUUUUUUCGCGUGAAAAAGUGCCCUAAAAUGUGUCUAAAAAAUAAACUGCUCCGUAAAAACACCGUGACGUAGGCCUAGUAUGGGAGUUGCUCGGUCCGAGUUAUGGGCUUCUGGUGGAUGUCAAUCAACCAAAGGCAGAGCAAGAUACGUCACUAAAAGGGUUUGAUCAAACUUGCAUUUUAAAAGACUGUCAAGCAACGCUUCAUUCAAUCAAAGAAGGAAUCAAUCAACGCUCUUUUUGAUAAAGUAAACUUUUAACAAAUAAAACACUGAAACGGUGAUGCGCCAACGAAAAUGAAGUAUCUGCUACAGUGGAUUCUUUCUAAUUGUAACAGGGUAUUACAAUCAGGCUAACAUCAAGCGUUCCCCGUAGGUUCUAUUAAUUACUAAUGGAUUAUUUACAAAAAAUGUCUACAUGGGGGGGGGGGGGUGUCAUCCGGACCCUAAGAUAAGGGAAAGCGGGGGCCGGUCUUCUUCCGGUAGUUUUUUCGGCCCUUCUGGCCUCGGUUUCGUCUAAAAAGCAAGGGGGUCCCCUGGAUCCACCACUGGCUCUUUCGCCGACACAAAAACCGUAUGUAUCGGAUAGAGCCUCUGUUCACAUGUGAGAAUGUUGUGAAACGAAGCUGCCCAUGGCCGAUCUUCAAAGUGGAUCGUCACAUAUCAGAUGAGGUUACUGUCGGCCACUAUUUGGCGCCCUGUGAACAGGUGAUAAUACCGCUAUACCCAAUACAUUUUCUUUUAGACAUUUAAAGCUAUCCAGUGUAAAAAUAGCCUGAAUCUGUUUGUCGCCGACGCAGCUAGUGUACCUCAUCAAAUCCAAAUUAAUUAAUCUGCAUUCCUACUUACUUAACGAGCAGUGAUGGGUUAACUGCUGCAACUUCCUAGCUUGCCCUCGAUUGACUUUAAGCUUUGGUGAUGUCAAGUUCUAUUUUAUGUUGUGUCUAGCUGUAAAUGAUCUGUUUUGUUUUUCAGUUGUUUUAGAUUUAUGAUGUCAUAGUUAACUUCUUCUGUUAUUAAAAUUAUAAUUUGUCAGUAUCUAAGAUCUGCAGGCAAGAUAAGCACAUGGCCUGUCAAAGCAAUGGUUUCUGUCCAUUUCGCCCGCGAAAGCUUUGAUAAUCGAAACAGAUUCUGUCUGUUUAUGAAUACUUUUCCUCGUACCCUCUUUACCCUCUUUAGAUUUUGAUGAAUGCCUGUCUCCAGAUGCUUGUGGAGCCAAUUAUACCUGUAACAACACCGCUGGCUCGUACAGAUGUGAAUGCACAACUGGAUUUGUUGCUGCUUGUGGUCCACAGGUCCCACUUAAUCCAGUUUGUAUUGGUAAGAAGUUCAUGAAGUUUGUUGGAAAAUUUAGUUAGCAGCUGUGAACAGAAUCGAACGCGAACGUCUCGUCUGCUGACUUAGAAGACGGAUGGUCGCUUGUUAGUUUUUUUUCUAUUCUUUCCUGAUGGAGCUACCUCUUUUGAAAACAUUGUCACAUGAGGAUCAACUAGUUCAACUGAGAGAUAAACGUCGUUUGAUUUUACGGUGGCUAAGAGUGUUGAUUUGAAAGUCAUUCUUUGCAGUAGGUUUUUUCGAUUUUGCCGGUUGCCUUGAUGUAAGGAGGAGCUUCAGAUUUCGUUGUCGGUUGAAAUAUCUAUUACAUGUAGGUGUGAUAAUAUUUGCUUUAUUCGCAGAGUUAAGACAUGUGCGGUUUUAGAUGCUACAUGGCCUUUACGUUUUGAUGGACAAAAAAUAUAAGGUUCUUUCCAUUUUAUGUGGAAUUUCCCUUGUAACCUUCGUAGAUUUAGAUGAAUGCCAGUCCCCACAUGCUUGUGGAGCCAAUCAUGUUUGUAAUAACACCGUCGGAUCAUACAGAUGUGAAUGUCCAAUCGGAUUUGCUGCUGACUCUGAUGCACAGGACCCACUGAGUCCAGUUUGUGUCGGUAGGAAUUUAACUAGUGUUGAAGUAGUGGACUUAUCUCAUACAGACAAAAGAAAACAAGUCGACUUUUUACGUGAGAAACCAGAGGAACUAAGGCUGUAUUCACACUACACCUGAUAGCCCUUGCGCCAGCACGAAAAUCAUACCAGAAAGGGCGUCUGUUCACUUAAAUAUAAAAGCGGUGAUUUCCGCGCCAUUUCAGUAACGGCGCAGCUGAUCUCGAAAGUAGAGCUUCACAUAUCGGAUAAGCUCUGUGCAACACUUUGGUGCAGCGUGAACAAGUAUUGGGAUUGAAGCAGGAGUAAAAAGUAGGAUCGGGGAAUGUAAUCCACGGAGCCGGAAGUAAAUUGUGAACAUAGCUUUAAAUAUAAUACAGUGAUGAAGUUAACUGUUCACAGCAGGAUCAGGAAACAGCAAGUUCAAUUGAGGGCAAUACAAUUCCGUUAAAUUUGUAAAUUUUUUUUGACUAGUUCACGACAAACAUGUCACUGACACAAUACUAAAGAUAAGUGAAUAAAUAUUAUUAGCAACAGUAAUAAAAAUGUAUAUAUGAUAUAUAGGCGGGUAUAAACCAAAGACUUAUGGUAAGAAACCCUUGAAUUAUGCUAAAUAGUGAGAACUAUGAACGAAAACUGUAAAACCUGGAACUUUCCUAAACAGCAGUUUCAGAUUAACCUCAGAAAUAGCAAUGCUUAGAAUUUGGAAUGAUUGAAAAUUCAAGUGUUCUCUUCUGUAUUACAUGAAUCUAUUGUCUUUCAUUUUUAGCUUUCAACUCUCCGUACAAUGUAUGUUAUUGCUUUAUCUAUAUGAUAGCUUCUCUGAUAGCGUGUCUUCGUUCGUUUACGUGCAAAAUGUUUCGUAACCACUACAGAUGUUAAUGAAUGCCAGUCCUCAGAUGCUUGUGGAGCCAAUCUUGUCUGUAAUAACACCAUUGGAUCCUACAGAUGUGAAUGCUCAACUGGAUUUGUUGCUGAUGACUGCGGUCCACAAAACCCGCAGUAUCCAGUCUGUGUCGGUAAGAAGUUAAUAAACUGUGUUUAUUCGAAUUCUGUCAGAGGAAAUGAAAGGAUGGUGAUUUGAGUGUGGUUUAAGCUAAUAUUUCGCGUCAUGUAAGGGAAUCCAUGACUGUCUUGGAUUCUGGAUUUCAUGCCGUGGAUUCCGGAAUCCGUGUAAUGAAUUCCGGAUUCCAAUCAUUAGUGGGAUUCAGGAUUCCAAAGCUCGGCAUUCCGCGGAUUUCAGAGGCAAACAUUUCCCAGAUUCCGGAAUCCGGUUACCCUUGCAUGGGCCGAAAUUUUGCAGCGACGCCAUUGUUGAUAGCUUGCGUCAUAUGAAAAACAAGGGAAGGUCAGUAAAAUGAAAAUGAUUCAUUUGUUCCAAGGGGACAAAGAAAAGGGCUUUGAAAGGUAAUUUCAUGUCGUAGAUUUGUACUGCGUUCCGUGAUGCCUUGAGUCACGUGCCGGAGAUCGGUUGUGUCGAUCGGCUGAAUGAGACCUGUAAAUAUCUUGAGUAUGAAUCGCGUGUGAUAUAUGUAUAUUAUGCUUUCAUCAUCUUGCAUGGUUAAAAGGUUAUUCAUUUAUUUUUGUAACUUUCCAGAUUUAGAUGAAUGCCAGUCCCCAGACGCUUGUGGAGCCAAUCGUGUUUGUAACAACACCGUUGGCUCGUACAGGUGUGAAUGUUUAAAUGGAUUUGUUGCUAAUUCUGGUGCACAGGACCCGCUGAAUCCGGUUUGUAUCGGUAAGAAGAAACAUUAUCUAAGAAUAGGUGAAAUUGUCUUAUGCAGACAAAAGAAAACUAGCCGAAAGUUAAACAUCACAUGAUUCUUGUCCUCAUCUCAAAGGAACCCUAAGGUGGCUAAUAACCCAGUCCCCCAAACCUUACCUGGUUAACAAAAGGAAGCCUACAGUUAAUUUCACCAUUCGUGAAUGGCUUAACGGACACAGGAAUCAUUUCAUAAGUAUUCGGAAUAUGAUCGUCCGUCUGAGUGAAGUCAUCCCUGAAUAGGACUGUUUAUUGUUGACAACGACUGAUGUUUCGACCAUCUGUGCGGUUGUCUUCUUCAGAGUCAAAAUGAGUUGAAUCACGUCACUUGCUGGUAAUAAACUCUAGUUUUUGACCUGAUAGAUCAAUUGUUGACUAUAUACUUUCCGUGAAGAAUUUUCUUGAGUUCGUUCUAUACGUUUUCGUCAAAGAUAUUGUAGUAUAUUAUGAAUUGGGAGACUAAAUAUGGGGCCUUUAAAAGGCUUUUUUUGCCAAUAUUCGUAAUUGGUUGAUUUCCUUAAAAGCAAUUAGGUUUAUCAACAGGAUACAGGAGAAUAUUUAUGUAGACGAAAUAAAAUCUGAAAUUUCCUUCAAUUUUCCUUUAAAAAUCAGAAUCUCGAGUCCCUUUUGUGAAAUAGACAAUUGAAAUAGACAAAUGUAUAUCUGAGACUGAAACGAUCAUUUGUGAAGUGCCUCAAAGCUCUGUUCUUGGACCUUUGCUAUUUUUGCUAAAUAUUAAUGACAUCCAUAAAUCUUCCAAGGAAUUUACUUUUUACCUCUUCGCAGAUGAUACAAGUCUAACCUUUGCAAAUGACAACUUACGUAAGUAGUAUGGGGCGUACCGGUUACUCCACUUGUUUGGGCAGGAAUACAUUAAUGCCAAUGACGUCAUAACCUUUUGUCUUUAUCUCAUGAGUAAAAUGCAGCUAUUUGUGUGCUAUUUUUAGUUGGUUUAGGUUUUUUAGUUACCCUGAGGUCGAUAAAUGUUUUCGAUUGGUUAGUUGCCUUAAAAUCACUGAGACGUAACGUAAUUAUGCAAGUCCUAUUUCCUGCUGCUGUGAUUGUCCUAGUUCCGGUUUACUGAUUUUUGGCGGGCAAAUCGUGCAUAUUAAUGAGCGCAAAGGCAAACUAGCUAUUUUUAGCCCACACCACUCCUACUCCACAUUUCUAUUGUUUUCCCUCCUCCUCCUCCUCCUCCUUCUCAUUUCUAUUGUUUUCCCUCCUCCUCCUCCUCCUCAUUUCUAUUGUUUUCCCUCCUCCUCCUCCUCCUCAUUUCUAUUGUUUUCCCUCCUCCUCCUCCUCCUCAUUUCUAUUGUUUUCCCUCCUCCUCCUCCUCCUCAUUUCUAUUGUUUUCCCUCCUCCUCCUCCUCAUUUCUAUUGUUUUCUCUCCUCCUCCUCCUCAUUUCUAUUGUUUUCCCUCCUCCUCCUCCUCCUCAUUUCUAUUGUUUUCCCUCCUCCUCCUCCUCCUCAUUUCUAUUGUUUUCUCUCCUCCUCCUCCUCCACAUUUCUAUUGUUUUCUCUCCUCCUCCUCCUCCUCCUCCUCAUUUCUAUUGUUUUCCCUCCUCCUCCUACUCCACAUUUCUAUUGUUUUCCCUCCUCCUCCUCCUCCUCCUCAUUUCUAUUGUUUUCUCUCCUCCUCCUCCUCAUUUCUAUUGUUUUCCCUCCUCCUCCUCCUGCUCAUUUCUGUUGUUUUCCCUCCUCCUCAUUUCUAUUGUUUUCCCUCCUCCUCCUCCUGCUCAUUUCUGUUGUUUUCCCUCCUCCUCCUCCUCCUCCUCCUCAUUUCUAUUGUUUUCCCUCCUCCUUCUCUUCCUCAUUUCUAUUGUUUUCCCUCCUCCUCCUCCUCAUUUCUAUUGUUUUCCCUCCUCCUUCUCUUCCUCAUUUGUAUUGUUUUCCCUCCUCCUCCUCAUUUCUAUUGUUUUCCCUCCUCCUUCUCUUCCUCAUUUCUAUUGUUUUCCCUCCUUCUCCUCCUCAUUUGUAUUGUUUUCCCUCCUCCUUCUCUUCCACAUUUCUAUUGUUUUCCCUCCUCCUCCUCCUCAUUUCUAUUGUUUUCCCUCCUCCUCCUCCUGCUCAUUUCUGUUGUUUUCCCUCCUCCUCCUCGUCAUUUCUAUUGUUUUCCCUCCUCCUUCUCUUCCUCAUUUGUAUUGUUUUCCCUCCUCCUCCUCUUCCUCAUUUCUAUUGUUUUCCCUCCUUCUUCUCUUCCUCAUUUGUACUGUUUUCCCUCCUCCUUCUCCUCCUCAUUUCUAUUGUUUUCCCUCGAAAAGGUCAAAGAGGCCAAAAUCAGACCUGAAAGGCUAAACUCAAGUAGUAAUGAGGAGGAGUAGUAGAAGGAGGAGGAGGGAAAAGAAUCGUAAGAAGAGAAGGGAAAACAAUAGUAAUGUGGAGGAGGAGGAGGGGUGUGGGGUAAAUGAAACAUUUUCUUUCGUGCUAAAAAGAGCUAGUUUGCUUUUGCCCUCAUCAAUAGACACGAUUUGCCCACCAAAAAUCAGUGAACCGGAACUAGGACAAUCACAGCAGCAGGAAAUAGGACUUGCAUAAUUACGUUACGUCUUAGUGAUUUUAAGCCACAGACAAGUUUGACUUUACUCCUCAGACACUAUGAAUUAACCAAUGAAAACCUUAAAGUAACUAGAAAAUCUAAACCAACUAAAAAUGGCUCACGACCUUAUUUUUAUGAGAUUCUUCUGCAUUUUACUCAUGAGAUAAAGACAAAAGGUUGUGGCGUCAUUGGCGUUAAUGUAUUCCUGCCCAAGUUAAUAAAAUUCCUGCCCAAAAAAGUGGAGUAACCGGUGCGCCCUAUACUACUUACGUACUCUUGAACUAACUGUCAACAAUGAGCUUGAGAAAGUAAGCGAAUGGCAAUGCUAACAAACUAACGCUUAACGUCAAAAAGUCCAACUAUGUCAUUGUUCGUCCCCACCAGAAAACAAUACCUUUUAUUCCUCAAAUUAAGACUUUUAAUCCAACUUCAAAUACUCGAGUUAUUUUAGAGUUGAAGGGCUUUGUUAAAUAUUUGGAUAUAAUGAUUGAUUCUGAACUUUUAUGGAAGCAUCAUAUUGACUUUAUCUGUCAAAAAAUUAGUAGAUCGGUUGGAAUAAUUGCUAAAAUGAGGCAUUACAUUCCACGGCAUCUUCUUCUGAAUUUAUACCAUGCCCUUAUUACUUCUUAUUUAAAUCAUCGUAUCUGUGCAUGGGGCAACUCUCCACAAACCUACCUCAAUAAGUUACUUUUUCUGCAAAAACGUGCAUUGCGUUUGAUUUACUUUGCCAGAGACCAUGUAAUUCCUUGUCUUAAUGAAUCAAACCGCCUUCCUCUACAGUCUUUGUUCGUUCAACAAUCAAGCUAUUCCUUAAUGCCUAGAUAAUGAAGAUAAUUGUUUGAACGUUACUUAGCUAAUAGAAUAUUUUAGACAGUUAACCCGAUACUUUGCAUAUACCUCCAGUUGUAAUUUUAGUCUUUUUUUUCUAAUAACAAAACCCCUAUGCAUGAGUUGGUGUGAGGGGUUUUUCUUUCUCUGUGUUGUUGUAUUUCUUUUCUUUUCCUUUUUUCUUAAUCUGUAAUUUAAUAACGCCUUUAUUUAUAAUUUUUGUCCCGCCUAUAUUAGCGCUAUAGCUAUUUGCAGGGCAAAAAUUAUUGUUGGCUUUAUGGAUCUUGAAUUAUACCGUUGUUGUUGAUGUUGUUGUUGUUGUUGUGAAUGGUGUGAAUAAAUAUUAUUAUCUAUUUUAAGAGACGUGUACUCUUAUUGCUCUACCUUGGUAUACAUUUAUUACAGUUUUUCUGCGUUUUAUGGAGAACUUUCUUUGUACCAUCUAUAGAUGUUGAUGAAUGCCUGUCCUCAAAUGCUUGUGGAGCAAGUUAUGUCUGUAAUAACACCGUCGGAUCAUACAGAUGUGAAUGUUCAACUGGAUUUUUUGCGAACUGCAGUACACAGAACCCUCUAAAACCGGAUUGUGUCGGUAAGCUAGCUAUGUAAAAAGAUUCAAAAGCUAUUCCCCUUUGCGUGUUAGCCUUUUUGUCAGAAGGAAAGGAAGGGUUGUUGGUGGUGUGUGGUUUAUGUAAUAGACACCUUUAGAUUCAAGGACGAGAACGACUACGAGUACGAGAUUUGACUUAAAGUUUUUUUCACGUAUUCUCAAAAAAUACCCCGGAAUUCUUUAAUUCACUUUUUUUGACAAGAAAAGUUAGCACUCUUAUCGUUAUUGAAGGAGGUUUAGACCUCUCCCGAUUGCAAAUUGCUAAAACUUCUAACAUUUGAUUACUUAUUCCCGCCAAUACGACACUCUCGCUAAAACUCGUUCUAGAAUGAGGACGGCUACCACGUUUUCCCACCAAGAUGACGCUGGUUCACGCGCGAGCACUGCUAAGUCUCGCGAAAAUCUCGUACUCGUAGUCGUUCUCGUCUUACAAUCUAAAGGUCUCUAAUUACACACAUUGCUGCCUGAAUGUGGGAACGUGAAAAACAAUGAUCAAUUUGUAAAAAGACACCAUUAUGAUGACAUCAUAAAUGGAAUUUUAUGGCAAGGCAUUGUUUAGAUAAUGGUUUGCCAGCUCCGGUGGCAGGUCUCAGCAAACGCGUGGUCAAGCAAAGUUUUCAGCGUCCUCCUUAUUAUGAAUCCAAAAUGCCUUUUAUAAUCUGAGGCUAUAGUGUUUAGCAUUCCUAUAGAGCUUUUUCACAUGACGUCACGGCGGCCAUAUUGGUGUCCCAAAACAACAAAACGGCGGACAUGUUGGUGUUCUGAACCAAUCCUGUGGGAGUUGAACUCUUUUCUUAUGCGAACGCUUUCUUUUGUUCCCAUAAAUUUGCGUAGAUGCUGGUCACGUGAGCGAAAACGCUCUACACCGGACUGCUUUACGUGCUGACAUAAACAGCUAUUUGGUUCAGUAUGAACGGCAUCAGCUCAGAACUGGAAGGAUGUUAGUAAAAUAGAAGGGGAAAAUGAAAAAUGGGAACUCAGCAGAGAACUGGAAAUGAAGUGACAGUUAUGGCCAUGGUUCAAGCUAGGUUUUGUUCCCAUUUUUUAUUUUCCCGUUCCCCAUGCUCGUUCCCCACCCGCUCCCCAUUCUAGGAACAUCCCAACUGGAACACCACAUCAUACCAGAACAGUUUGAUGCACUUAGUCAUAAUCUUUACUUUUCUAAGGUCUUUAGGGUUUUUAUUAUUUGUUUGACCAAAAAUACAUGUUAAACUACUGAAAUUACAAUUCGCAAAAUCAAAAUAAAUAAAUAAAAAGCUAAAAGAAUAAAAACAACAAAAAAGCAUGUUUUCUUGCGAAUUUGUUUUUAAUUAAGAAAUAUGCAACAUAACGUGUAUUGAGCACAAUGUCAGACUUCCCUUUGCUCCCAGAAGAUGGCAUAAACAUUUAUCACGUGAGCAAGAACGGUUCAUUUAUUUCUCGAUCUUUAAGUACGGAUUGUUAAAUUGCAGCUUUCCUAGCUCAAUUUCAUGUUUAAUUUUCUUUGUCACCUUCGCAGAUUUAGAUGAAUGCCAGUCUCCAGAUGCUUGUAGAGCUAAUCAUGUAUGUAAUAACACCAUUGGCUCGUACAGGUGUGAAUGUUCAAACGGAUUUGUUGCUGAUUCUGGCGCACAGGACCCACUGAAUCCAGGUUGUAUCGGUAAGAAGUAGAGUAAUCGAGUUGACGGAAAGUUUUUUUACAGACUAAUAAAAACAAGUCGAACGUUUCACAUAAGGAAUGUCUAUAUUUCAAUUAGACUUUACGGCCAAAUCACUAUGUGAAGAGAGGUGUAUGUGCGCAUUGAUAAACCACAAGGAUUGUUUUAAACCUGAUGCUCAGGUAAUCCCGGACUUCGUAAUCCGAGAAAUUUUUGCUUGUGGAAUCCGGAAUCUGGAGAAAUUUUUUGUUUGGAAUCCGGGCCCGGUUUUUGAAAGGCCGAUUAGCGCUAACCCAGGAUUAAUGUUGUAGUUACCUUCCUAUGAAUUGCUUAGAAUAACAUUUUGUGUUAGAGCGAUUUUCGGAUGACCUUGAAAUGAAAACGCGCGAACAAAACAGAAACAACAAACGAAGGGAAAUGGAGCGAUUUGAUUGGUUUAUCAAACGUACACAAACGCGCGUAGCUUUUGGUUAAGCGAACGCACGGGUGAAAAACCGUCAUGCCCGAGAACUUUCUACAAAUCAAUCGAUACUUUGCUUUGACGUCAUAUCAUACUGCAACACGAUUAGCCAAUUGAACAAUGCCAUCUCCAUAUUAGGGUUUUCUUUGGCGCGAAAACGAAGAGUCCAUGUUUUGAUCUUUUUAUCCACUGCCUGACAUAACAAAUAACAAACAGUUACCGAAACCACUUUUCAGGGUCCUGCGAAAAUCGCCCUAUCAUAACUGUAUCUCAGAGUAAAGGUUCAACAGUAUUUUCUAAGCUUUAGUUACAAGUUCGUAGACAAGAAAAACGCGCUUAAAAUUUGGCUUAAUCCUGGGCUAAACUUAACCAUCUUGCAAGGAACCGGGUCUCGGGCGAUAAAAUUCAGAAUUGCGCGCAAGGAAUCCGGAAUCCCGCUAAAGAUUUCAAUCCAGAACCCAAGUUCCAUGGUGAUCAGGAAUCCGGAAUCAACGGCGUGGAAUCCACAAUCCAAUGCUGUCUUGAAUUACCUUACAUGGAGCGAUAUCUUGAAAUUGACCAGUUAAGUUCUUGCGCUCGAUUUAUGGAGAAUUUGUACUCUCUGCAGAUCGAGAUGAAUGCCAGUCCCCGGAUGCAUGUGGAGUCAAUUAUGACUGUAAUAACACCGUUGGAUCAUACAGAUGUGAAUGUUUGACUGGAUUUGUUUCAGACUGUGGUGCACAAAACCCACUAAAUCCAGUUUGUGUCGGUAAGAAGUUUACUCCUUUCUUCGCUGUUAAAUAAAGAUAGUUAGUUCCUUUAAAGAAAUUCAAGAGCUAACUUUUUGUGUGCUAGCCCUCCUUCAUUUGGAAGGGAACAGUAAGUUGGCUGUUUGUAUUUCGAAUGGUGGAGCCACAUUGCUGGUUUCAACAAAUCCAUGUGAAAACAAUGACAAUAGUGAAAUGACUAGCGUUCCGCAUUGAUAGUUUUGGGAUAAAUUUCUCUACCUAAAGGGGUUGUUAAAUAACGAUUUCUCUCCAUUUGAUAAACACUUUUUCUGUCAUUUUGGUAGAUUUAGAUGAAUGCCAGUCCCCAGAUGCUUGUGGAGCCAAUCAUGUUUGUAAUAACACCGUUGGAUCGCACAGGUGUGAAUGCUCAAACGGAUUCGUUGCUGAUUCUGGUGCACAGGACCCACUGAAUCCAGUUUGUAUAGGUAAAAACUAAAACAAUCUAGAAAAUCGGCAAAACUCUCUCAUACAAACUUAACUAUAUUAAUCAUAGGUUUUAAAUUAGUGUUAUUUAUAUGGCUACAAUAGUACGCGCGCUAUGAUUGGCUGCUGAGCGGGUAAAAUGUUCUUGUAAUAACAGGGAAUUACUGGCAAGGUGUCCAAGGUAUAUACACUCUGAGUGUUAACUUGAUAGUGGACAACCAUGUGAUGGUCAAUUGACAGCUGUCAAAAAAGAAUCCGCUGACCAGUGUCAUAUGACUGUAUCGCGAGGUCAAGUGUACAACUCAUUGAGGUGAUGUGUUUUUUUUGCUUAGAGUUUUCCGCUAACAAGUUAUUGGUUUUAAUAGAUCGAAGGUUCAGGACAAAAUUCGUGUCAUUGUCAAAAAAAAACUGUGUCUUGUGGUUUCAAUCGCAUCGCCAGGUUCGUUUCGGUUCAGUGAACACAACCUCAAAUGACCUCUUGCGCCCGGAAGCUGAUGUUAAAAAUUACUUCCAGUGUGUUUUAUUUUAUUCUUUUUAAGAAUAUAAUAGCGCUAAAAUGGCCAUAUAAUAAAUAACUUCAAAAGGUUGAGUUUGAUCGUCCGGGUGAGCGUAGUCCUGAAUAGGACUGUUGUUGUUGACAGUGACUGACGUUUCGACAACCUGUGCGGUAGUCAUCUUCAGAGUCAAAGUGAGUUGUGUCGCGUCAGUUGAUGGUAUUAUACUCUGGUCUAAAGCUGGUUUACUAACUUAGAACAGACGCUGAAUCGUAGCCAACAGUUACCUAACAAACGACUUAUUGACGAGAUCAAGCAAAACCAACUACGAGAGAACAACUGGAGAACUGACAAUUUGACUAACAAUAGACGACUGUUUAACUGUGACAAUAGACGGAUCGAAACGCACCAAUCACUGAUUACCAGUCUUCAUAGCCAAUACCAUUACGGCUUAACUGACAGACGACCAAUAACAUCGCGACAUAAUUGACCAACCAGAUCAAUAACCAGAGUAUAAUACCAUCAACUGACGUGAUACAACUCACUUUGACUCUGAAGAUGACUACCGCACAGGUUGUCGAAACGUCAGUCACUGUCAACAACAACAGUCCUAUUAAGGACUACGCUCACCCGGACGAUCAAACUCAACCUUUUGAAAUGACUCCUGGGUUCAAACCUUUCACAAUAAAUAACUUAUUAACUUCGUCUGUUCGGUCAUUAGAGGGAAAUCUCAGUCUUGAUGUAUCGACCUUCCUAUCGCUCGGUCGAUCAACAAAGCCCCGGUCUGAGAUUUUCCUGUAAUUACCUCACUCUAGGUUAAUAAAAGGUUUAUAAUGUUAACGUACAUUUGUGCACAGAUUUUGAUGAAUGCCAGUCUCCAGACGCUUGUGGAGCCAGUCGUGUCUGUAACAACACCGUUGGAUCCUACAGGUGUGAAUGUUCCAAUGGAUUUAUUGCGGCCUGUGGUCCACAGGACCCACUAAAUCCAGUUUGUGUCGGUAAGAACUGUGAUAAUUAAGUGAGUUAACAGCUCCAGUAAGGGUUUUAUAAACCAACGUUUUGUUUGCUAGCCGCCGGAUCGUCGAUGUCAAGGAAGGAAGGAAGGGGUUGUUUGUGGUUAUAUAUCCAAGGGUGGGGCCACGCUACUGCUAGGAACAUGGUCACGAAUACCAGUGAUAAAAAAUGAAAUAACUCAUUGAUUCCGUGGGUAUUCAGCGUUCCUUUUUAAAGUUGUAGUUGUUCUGUAUGUUAUGCCGGCUUUCCGUAUCGCUUAGAUGCAAGGAAAGACUGCAGUUCCCAUUUGUCGCAGGAAUAAAUGUGACCUUUCCACGGACCAAGGCAUUACAUGAAAAGCCGAAGAAAGUGUAGAGUAUAAAUUGUGUUUUAGCGGCGCACCAUAGAUAAGAGAAUUUCGUUAUCUAUGCAUCCAAGAAAUUUUUGGUGCUCACAAAGUCAUGUUGGUGGAUGUGAAAUGGCACGCUUACGAGCUUGGAGUUCAAGGCAUGUACUAUCUGUGUUUGAUUUGGUAUUGGGCAUUCAUGUUAUGGUCAAUUGACAGCUGUCAGAAAAGGGUAUCCACUGACCAGUGUCACAUGACUGUAUCUUUGAGGUGAUGUUUUUAAAGUUAUCCGCUGACCAGUUUUUGGUUUCAAAUUGAUCGGGGGUUCAGGUCCAUUUUUUACGAUGGUAUUCAGUUUGCUUUCUGCUUGCGGCAAAAUUUAAUUUACUUAAAAACGUCCCUCGAGAACCAUGUACAGGGUGUCCCAAAAGUUCGUUCCUCCCAGUUGUAAGUCUGUAUUUCAGUACAAUUGGACUUAUUAAGGAAAUCAUUUCAACAAAAGUUGUAUCUUUCAAUAUAAUUCACUAUUUUCCUACUUGUUUUGCCAUCUUUUGUGUGGAAUAUUCGAUUUGUGUACUUCCGCGCCAAAGUUGCGCGUGCGCUAGUAUAUUUUCCAGACACAUUUUUUGUAUUUCGUAGCCCGAAUUGCUCGAACUCCUUCCUUGUUUUUUGUGAAUAUCACGAAAGAUAAACCCCCUUAACGCAAAAACGUUCAGCUGCGUGAGAGCAUAAGCCUGUAUACUUCAAUUUACUGAUUUAUCUGUUUUAGAAAUUGCUAAGAACUGGAAAAAUCCAAAUGUUGGGUGGUAGAAUAAUCAUGAAGAAAUGAAGGUUUUGAAGGCAAGAAACUAUGGGGAAGACCAAAAGCCCUCCCUGAAUAAAGCAGCUAAAUCAGUUUUAAAGAAGGCUGGGUACAAAAUAGGAGACUCGACAAGGAAGCUCAGUCUCACAUAGUUAGCAAGCCAAAUAAAAGGGUCGUGAAAAGCUGUUUAAAAUGUUUAAAGUUAGAGGCCCCUGAGAUGGCAAAAAAACCUCUGCUUAGUCUGUCAAUUAACGCCCAGCUCGUUUCAAAUUUGUAAAGAAGUACAAAAGCCUUGCUGUAGAAGGGGGCCGGGAUGGUUAUCUUUUUUGGAUAAAUGCCUAAAAUAUAUUUUUUUCCGCUGCCUCAACUAAACAAAUUUUGUUUGGGGGUUGAACUGGUUCCUGCGCACCAGGUGAUAAAAAAGCUCAAAAUAGAUCAUUUGUGGGUCUACACGCUGUAGCCCAAUUCAUGCCUCAACGGCUACAGAAUGUGAUAAGAAAACACAAAGAGCAUGCCAGUUACUGAAAUUCUGAAUACAUGUACUAGAUAGAGAAAUAAACAUCUAGCAAUUUCAUGUAAAAAUAUAGUUUUGAUCAAAAGUUAUAGUGCAUGAAAUUAGAGGAACGAACUUUUGGGACACCCUGUAUUAUCAAUUUCAUUUUCCAUUUGAUGCAUGCAUGGUGAAGUAUCUAAGAAGGCUUAAAAAUCUUAUGCCAGUAAAUGCCAAGUUACUUUUGUACAAAUCAGCUAUUAUGCCACACCUUACUUAUUGCCACCUAGUGUGGCAUUUUUGCACGGCAUCUGAUAGUCGUAAAUUGGAGCGUCUACAAGAAAGAGCCUUAAGAUUAGUGUAUAAUACUACUACCGAAAGUUAUGACACCUUGCUGAAAAGAGCUAAGUUGACUACUUUACAAAAUAGGAGGUUGCAGGAUAUACUCAUUUUGAUGUUUAAAGUAAAAAACAAAUUAACAGUGAACCAAAUUGCGGAUAUUUUUAAUAUCAACGAGGAGAAUAUUAAUAGUAAGAGAUAUAACCUAAGAAAUGCAGAUUUUGUCUUACCUCGGUUUAAAACUGUUACUUAUGGAAAACAUUCUCUCAGAUUUCUCGGACCACAAUUAUGGUCUAAACUAAGCAAGGAGGAGAGAAAUAUUGCAACUUUGGCAACUUUUAGGACAAUGAUACGUAAGAAGGAUGUAACAUCAUUUCUUGAGGGAUGUGGGAGUGAAUGCCGCUUAUGCUUAGAUUAAGAGGACGUACGCAUAUUUACUUAUUCAUUUUAGUGUCCGAGCUAAUAUACGCAUUUAGUUUUUAUAUUGUAAAUUUUCGAACUUAGCUUCGAAGUGUUAAAUCUAGAACUUAGUUUUUAGAGUGUAAAAGAGCACUUAGCUUGAAUAGUGUCAAUUUCCGGCCUUUACAGUACUUAAUUAGUUUCUAUUAAUGAUGUAAUUUAGUUUUAAAGGUGUCCCCAAUUAGUGCCAAUAGGCACUAGAACGACAAGACACUUUAAUAAAGGUUAUGUAUGUAUGUAUGUAUCUAUUGCUGUACCUUUUCCAUUUGAUUAAGAAUUGCUUCCAAGCUAUCCAUUUCAUGAAUAUUUUUUGUUACAACCUUCGUAGAUUUAGAUGAAUGCCAGUCCCCAGAUGCUUGUGGAGCCAAUCACGUUUGUAAUAACACCGUUGGGUCGUAUAGGUGUGAAUGUCCAAUCGGAUUUGUUGCUGAUUCUGGUGCACAGGACCCGCUAGCUCCAGUUUGUAUUGGUACGAAGUCUCGUAAUCUUGAAGAAUCUUCCAAUUCAGUGAAGUACCACACAAUUGUAUUCCUUUUCUGUGGACAUUAAAUUAAAGGCGGCAGGAAAGUUGAGUUUGAAGAAGAAGUGGCUGAAAGUUUUUCAUUCUUUGUAACUGUUAUUCUCCGGUGCUGCGCAUUCUAGUAUUUCUUUCUUUUCUUGCUUGGAUAAACUGAAGAUGCUAUGUUUAAAAACAAUAUCAAGGAGUUUCUGGGGGUGUAAGCGGGUGAUUAAACGUAAGUAAGCCUUGACAUAUGUUAAGCAAUGAUAAAAUCAACAAAAUAAAAUCUGGAACUUUUCUAAAUAACAUUCUUAACUGCAAUGUUGAAAAGCUUAAAUGAUUUUUAAUUUAAGUAUUCCGUUAAUGUAGAUGUGUUGCGGAUUACACUCUUUAUUUUGCCUAAUCCACCUUAGUAUAAUUUAAUAUACUUAUUAAUGUUUUACGGAUACCUUUUCUUUUUAACUCCGCAGAUUUUGAUGAAUGCCAGUCCUCUGAUGCUUGUGAAGUAAAUCAUGUCUGUAAUAACACCGUUGGAUCAUACAGAUGUGAAUGUCCCACUGGGUUUGUUGCUAACUGCAGUACACAGAACCCACUUAAUCCAGUUUGCGUCGGUAAGAAGUAAAGAGAAAAAACUGCACAAAUCUAAACCAACAACAAUUAACUUUUUAGAAAGUACAUUAAAGAAUUUCAGAAGGUAACCUCAUGUGUGCUAUUCCAUCGUUAUAAGGAAUUGAAAGAUUUCGGCUUGUGUCUUGUUGUGCCGCGAUCUUGACACUGCUGGCAAUCGAGUACGCGACCAUUGAAAAACAAGGAUGAAUUUAUUUAACUUCGAAUACCGUCGGAUACUCAAGCUUUUUCUUUGACAGACGCUCGGGUCAUGCUGAUUAUCACAUCUUUCGUGUUUAUUAAUUAUCAAGCGUGAAAUUUACCAUCUUUCUUUAUUUGGAGAAUAAAUUAGCUCAUUUAAAGGUGUUCGUUUAUCCCGAGAGGAAUAAAUGUGCUGAUUUCAAAGGUAAACUUCAGCUGCUUUAGCUGUAGAUUUUCACGGCAAUACGUGUUACAUUAAGUGUAGUAAGACACUGUUUAUUGCAUCUGUCUGCUCUUCUUACGUCAAGGCAACACUAGCUUAGAAUAGCUUAAAGAUUUAGAAUAUUAAUCAAACGUGAUAUAUAGAUUUUAUUCUACAGUUUGGUAUAUUUAACAGAGUGCUAAAUAUACCAAACUGGAGAAUAAUUGAGUGUUUUUAUUUAUUGCUCUACCUUCAUGGCUCGUGAUCUCGGACCGAAGAGGAAUAAUGGAACAGGGCUAACGAGAAUAAUUGAGUUUGAACUGUGGAAUAAUCGGACCUUUUGGGAAUGGAAUACACAAGAGUUUUGAGCUGGAGUAAUAAAAUAUUGUGUCCUUUUAGCGGUGAUAAUGGAAUGAGGAAACAGAUUUUCUGAAGAGAUAAUGAACUAUUGAUUACCUCAUAAUUUCUCUUCUCCCCAAUCAUUUCAAAUUGUAAAUAAAAAUGCAUUAUACGUUUCUGGGAAGCUGCCCACCUACCCCUCCCCUUAGCCAACAUUUUGAUUCUAAAUGAGAAAUAAGUGUUAAUGUUGGCUUCGGGGAGGGGUAGGUGGGCAGUUUCCUAGAAACGCAUAAUGAUCCAUAAAAAUUAGCUUCUCUCCAUCCCCCAUGUGUUUUUGUUUUGUGACCGCCAUAGAUUUAGAUGAAUGCCAGUUCCCAGAUGCUUGUGGAGCCAAUCAUGUUUGUAAUAACACCAUUGGGUCGUACAGGUGUGAAUGUUCAGUCGGAUUUGCUGCUUAUUCUGGUGCACAGGACCCACUGAAUCCAGUUUGUAUCGGUAAGAAAUAGAGAAAAUUGUUCUAUGCAGACACAUCUUGAGAACUAAACAACGCGCAAGUUUCUUUUCCAAAUUACAAAGUGAUUUAAAGACAAUAAUUGGUACUUCGAAUCUGAAGAUAUUGGUUACACUCGGGGAAAAAAACUGACCGUCAUUUAAUACACUGAGAUUACGUACUCCAUUGGGCUUAAUUGUAUAAUCAAAAGACAAUUCAAUUGCGUAUCAAUUAACAAUUUACUACUAUCAACGUCUUACUUAAGAAAGCUGGUUUACUAACUUAGAACAAACGCCAGUGAAUCGUAGCCAACAGUUACCAGCGCCGUACAAACGGCUUAUUGACGAGAUCAAGCAAAACUAACUACGAGAGAAUGACAAUUUGACUAACAAUAGACAACUGUUUAACUUUGACAAUAGACGGAUCGAAACGCACCAAUUACUGAUUACGAGUCUUCAUAGCCAAUAACGUCACGGCUUAACUGACAGACGACCAAUAACAUCACGACGUAAUUGACCAAUCAGAUCAAUAACCAGAGUAUAAUACCAUCAACUGACGUGAUAUAACUCACUUUGACUCUGAAGAUGACUACCGCACAGGUUGUCGAAACGUCAGUCACUGUCAACAACAACAGUCCUAUUUAGGACUACGUUCACCCGGACGAUCAAACUCAACCUACUUUUGCAACAAUUUAUAUUAACAUACAAGAAGGCAAAAGAACCUCAAUGCAGGCAAUCUAAGCCUUCGUUAAACUUGACAACUUGUCGCUAAAAUGGUUCAAUGAGCGAAACCUUAGGUAAAAGUACCUUCAAUCUACUAGAAGUAGUAUUGUAGGAAUGUUUUAGACCCGUUUUUUUAAUGGAAUAGACUAACUCAAUGACUUCAUUUCCAGGCGUCUUGUAAGUUAGAGGGUGGUGCCAAGUUCUACAUUGCUCUGCUGUGGGUCCUAAAAUCAGUUUUUUUUAGCUAUUUUCAGACGGACAAUGUUAACUUUCACGAUAUAAAAAUACGCAUACAAAAUGUUGGGCAGUCAAAUACUUCCCCUUGCUGGGUCCGCGCCUCUUGCUCUACAACGCAUCAUGUGCAUUCCAUACAAAGCAGCAUUUUCCAAUGAGAUCCGUCGGUACAUCUUCAAUUUAUCUAUGGCGAAAUUCCGUAUCAUUUUGGUGCAAUAUCAUAACAUGCGCACUAAUGGUUUUCCUUAUUUUAUGACCUAUGGAGUAUUUCGACUUUAUGAAAAAGAAGUGUUUGAAGACAUUUGCGUAUAGAAGUCUAAGUUGAAAGCAUAGUAUAGACUCAGGAUGUUACUAUCAGGAACGCUGAGAGGUCGCAAAAAAUAACACAUAACAGUCUUGGGUGUAAACCAGAGAGUAGACAUAAGCAAACCUUGAACUUUCUUGUAAAUAAUGAAUGGUUUUAGCGGACAGACAAAAUCUCGUAUUUCCCUAAAUAUCAGUUUUGAAACCUCAGAAACUUUAAUAAAGAAAAGCUGGAACAGUUUUGUGUUAUUCUCGAAUUGCAAUCUCUAUUUAAGGUAAUGUGCAUAGUUAGUAUUGCUCUAUACCUUGGUUUAUAAUAGCAUUCCCACGUUUCAUGGAAGAUUUUCGUUGUCACCUCUACAGAUGUUGAUGAAUGCCUGUCCUCAGAUGCAUGUGGAGCCAAUUCUGCUUGUCAUAACACCGUCGGAUUAUACAGAUGUGAAUGCACCACUGGAUUUUCUGUCUGCGCUGCACAGAACCCACUUAAUCCAGUUUGUGCUGGUAGGAAGUAAAUAAACUGUGUUGAGAAAUACAUUCAGGAGGAAACAUUUCAUGUGGUAUCCUCUUGAAAGACGAGGUCUGUAAACCUAAUGGAAGAGCUAAACUAUUGCGUUUAAUUCAAAGUGAUCACCUUUAAAACUAGAGUAAAUUAGUUAAGGUGAUUCCCUAGUAAAAGAACCUAACAUAGAUUGUAGAUGAAACUUGGUACAAUGAUGUAACAAGUCAAAAAGAUGAUAAAAAAGUAAUAAAAAGUGGGGGUCACCGUGCUCGUUUUGACGUCACAAUGCUAACAAAUACGGCUAUUUUGGACCCUGUGACAAAAACCGCGCGCAGCCCAAAACUAGACAAAAAGGAAAGAUUUUUUCAAUGAUGCAUGUGGUAUCGCAUAGAAUUUGACUUUAAUGUAUUGUUUAUCCACUUACGUACCAUAAAAAUGCCUUUUAAUGCCCUUGUUUUUACUAUACGCUCCAAAGUAAAAUUAAAUUGGACACGCGCUAUUCGACACGUGAUAGCUUAAUCCGUACAAUUUAGUAAAAUUGCCAAAAAACUGAACAUAGAUUUGUGCCAAUUUUUUUCUCACCGAAAGGAAGCACUGUCCCUAUUAAAAUCACGAAAUAAAAAAUGGGGGUCACCGUACUCUUUUUUGCGGUAGAGCUGCAGAAAGUGCGCACCAAAUGCAUUUUCCUUGAUUUUUGAGAGAGGAAUGGGGCGAGUUUCAAAAUAGAAUGUAUGUGAAAGGGGGAAGAAAGUAUUAAAAAAUCCGUUUUUACAGAAUUUACACCAAGAUAUCACAUCUAGAACACAAUGUGAUAAAGAAAGCGUUUAAAUGAAAAUCAAAGUGAAGAAGCACAAAUUAAACAUCCACUAUCGAGGUUCUCCGUGAGGAAGUCGAACUCAGCAACACGCGUACUGCUUACGUUAUGCUCAUUCCCACCACAUUGAGUCUCACCUCGGCAAGAAACAACCGCAAGCAAAAAUUGCAAUAGCGGUUCUCUUCGGUCAACUUCAUUUUAAUAAUGUUACUUCACAUGCUCUUUUUUACGGAGGCCAUCUUGUUAUGCGCAGUAAGAGAUGCGCAAUGCAAAACCAGGGAAUCACCUUAAAUGAAAAGAUUUCGGCGAAUACAUGGGAAUUUUAAGUCCCCGACGACACAUAUCCUUUUUUGUUUGAGGAUGGAAUUUUUUCCACGGCUGGCCAACCGUCCAGACAUAUCCGGUGAAAACGGUUACCGAAAACCCAUUCAAAAACGCUCCCCAGAGUGAAGAGUUUUGAAAACGCCGUUUUGCGGUACUCGUGUUGGCUUAAGAAAGGGAGGUUUUCGAAAACAUUUACGACACAGUGUUGAAUACAGUGGAUGUACUAGUCAACGCGCAUGCUCCCAUAAAAGUUGUUACUCUCUUUCAGUCACUAUUGCGUUUUCGUUUGGACGGGCAAAAACGAUUAAAAACUGCAACCCGUUGACGGGGCCUAAGAAUACCGAUGCAGCUUUCCGCUGCGCCUUAAUGGCGAGAAGGGCUACACCGUGUGAAUGAAUUCCAUAUCUCCAUACAUGAGACCAAUGCAGGAACUUUUUAUAAGCCACCUGUACAUGUUUAUUUUAAUAAAUGAGCAUUAUUUAUUGCCUUUAAGCUUUAACGCUGUUCUUAAAUUCAUGGAGACAUAUUCUUGCAACUUUUUAGAUUUAGAUGAAUGCCAGUCCCCAGAUGCUUGUGGAGCCGAUCAUGUUUGUAAUAACACCGUUGGAUCGUACAGGUGUGAAUGUUUAACUGGGUUUGCUCCUGAUGCUGGAGCGCAAGACCCACUGAAUCCAGUUUGUAUCGGUGAGAGGUUAACUUGUCCUGACGAGGGUAAUUUUUUAUACAGGCAAACGAAAAAAAAAAAACAAAAACAAGAAUGUCGAGGAAUUUUUUUUUAUUCCGAAACUUGGCCGGUUCAUACAGCAUCAUUUAUCAUAAAAGCUUUUUAACAAAAGGGCUUAUUUCAAUGUGCUUGGGUAUCGGACAUCCCUUAUAGGUAGAGUAAACAAGGAUCCUUUUUUAAGGAGAUAGUAUCCCUCAGUGAAAAUCUUGCUUGUAUUAUUUGUUACUUCGCAACAGUACAACAAACGAAAUGUGAUGUAAAGGUGCAAGCAAACGUCCUUUGCUCUAAUGUACAAUGUUUUCACAUGACGUCAGGCCACCACUUUGGUGUCCUUACCACUUCUGUAAUGGGAGUUGAAUCUUUUUCUUAUACAAAAACUUUCUUUAGCUCCAAUAAAUUUGCAGAGCUUCAGGUCACGUCAGUGAAAAGGCUCUAUGAAAAAUACAACAGGAAUUUCUAUAGGGCCCUCCUUUUUAGAUUUUAAGUUAUUAACUGUUAUGUGGCAUCUAUUACUUAUACUUAUUUUAAAUAGAUGAUGUUAUAUUUAACUUGUCUUAGUCAAUUUGUCCUCAUCUAGUCAUAAUAAUGUCGUUUUAUAGUGAAUUCUCUUUGUUAAUUCUGCAGAUUUAGAUGAAUGCCUGUCCCCAGAUGCUUGUGGAGCCAACUGUGUUUGCAAUAACACCUUUGGAUCAUACAGAUGUGAAUGUUGUGCUCCACAGGACCCACUAAAUCCAGUUUGUUUUGGUAAGGAGUAAAAUAAUCCAGAAAAGUAAAGUUGUAAGUUUUUGAAGAAAUUAUGGAGCUACAGUCGGAGUGAAAUGCACAAUUUGUUGCUCUCCCAACUGAGCCAACCAGGCGGCGGUCUUUCGUUGAUUAAUUUUCAAGAAAAUUCAUGUGUUCAUGUCAUUGAUUUUAGUGGCCAUCUUUGGUAGACGAAUCUUUGUUAUUACCAGGAGAAAUUUGUUGAUGCUGAUCACCAUUAGGCGCCAGUUGAUCAAAAGAUGAAUAGCGCUAUCCACCGGAUAAAUCACUAUCCACUGGAUAGCGCAAUUGGUUUCCCUAACACUUAUCUGAGGGAUAGUGAUUUAUCCGAUGGAUAACGGUAUCCAUCUUUUCGACAACCGGGGGCUAUUGAGGAUCAAGGCAUGCGCAGUAUUUAUUAAACCACCUUGAGGGACUGAUAAACAAUACUGAAGAAUUUUCUAUGUAACUGUCUUAGAUUUUGAUGAAUGCCAGUCCCCAGAUGCUUGUGGAGACAAUCAUGUUUGUAAUAACACCGUUGGCUCGUACCGAUGUGAAUGUCCAAUCGGAUUUGUUGCUGAUUCUGGUGCACAGGAUCCACGGCAUACCGUUUGUGUCGGUAAGAUGUUAAUUCAUGUGUUCAUGUCAUUAAGUUUUUAGUGACCGUCUUUGGUAGAUGAAUCUUUGUUAUUACCAGAGAAAAUUUGAUGCUGAUCACCAUCAGGCGCCAGUUGUUCAAAACGUGAAUAGCGCUAUCCACCGGGUAGCGCCAUUGGUUUCCCUAAUACUUAUCCGAUGAAUAGCGAUUUAUCCGAUGGGUAGCGCUAGUCAUCGUUUGAACAACCGGGGCCCGCGGGGGUGAAUGAUGAUCAAGGCAUGCGCAGUAUUUAUUAAACCACCUUGAGGGACUGAUAAACAGUAUUGAAGAAUUUUCAUUGUAACCGUCGUAGAUUUUGAUGAAUGCCAGUCCCCAGAUGCUUGUGGAGACAAUCAUGUUUGUAAUAACACUGUUGGCUCGUACCGAUGUGAAUGUCCAAUCGGAUUUGUCGCUGACUCUGGUGCACAGGAUCCAAGGCAUCCUGUUUGUGUCGGUAAGAUGUUAAUUCAUGUGUUCAUGUCAUUAGUUUUAGUGACCAUCUUUGGUAGACGAAUCUUUGUUAUUACCAGGAGAAAUUUGAUGCUGAUCUCCAUCAGGCGCCAUUUGAUCAAAAGAUGAAUAGCGCUAUCCACCGGAUAAAUCACUAUCCACUGGAUAGCGCAAUUGGUUUCCCUAACACUUAUCCGAGGGAUAGUGAUUUUUCCGAUGGAUAACGGUAUCCAUCUUUUCGACAACCGGGGCCAGGGGGUUAUUGAGGAUCAAGGCAUGCGCAGUAUUUAUUAAACCACCUUGAGGGACUGAUAAACAAUACUGAAGAAUUUUCUAUGUAACUGUCUUAGAUUUUGAUGAAUGCCAGUCCCCAGAUGCUUGUGGAGACAAUCAUGUUUGUAAUAACACCGAUGGCUCGUACCGAUGUGAAUGUCCAAUCGGAUUUGUUGCUGAUUCUAGUGCACAGGAUCCACGGCAUACCGUUUGUGUCGGUAAGAUGUUAAGAGGCCCUGCGCCUAAGAAACGACCGAUGAUUUCCGACUAAAAAAUAAAAUCGGCCGAUUUUUAUCUCAUAAGUAGAGCUUACCGAAUACUAUUCAAAAAUGAAUUUUUUUUGUUUCAGUCUCGCU